UAAUCUGAAGUGACCGGAAACCGGAAUAAUUCGACAAAAUCUGAACCUGUCUCACGUAAAAAAGUGAGUCAUUAAAUGUUUUGUUUAGCUUUAGCUUCAACCUGACCGCCCUUAUUUACACGAUUAAUACCGCGUUUCGGGUUCGUUGGACACGUUAUAUGGUGACAUUUGAGACUACUUUAGCUUGUUGAGCUGUUGUUAGCUUAGCUGCGCUAGUUGGUUCGAUGGGAGCCCACCGUGGAGAGGGAGACCGGGACUGGAUGCAGCAGGACGGCCGGGAACACAACCCGAACCCAUGGAACCUGAUGAUCAAACACAGACACAUUCACAGGAGGGGAAGACGAUCACAAAUGACAGUCAGUUACACAGACCCUCAGGUGUCCAUGGACCUUCUGAGGGCGGUCCUACAGCCCAGCUUCAAUGAUGACAUCAUGGCUGUGUUCAGGAAAUACCAAAAGUUCUUUGAGAAGGCUGCGGAAAACGUCAAGGAGAAUGUUGGAGAGGAGGUCCAGACUGAUCAGCUGAUAAAGGAGGCCUGUAGGAACGUUCUGGAACACGCCAAACUGUUGUUUCCGGAAAGUGACGUGAAGAAGUCCGGCUCAGAGGUGGGCAUCAAGAGGUCCAGAGAAGACGCCUUCAGCCAGAGAGGAAGCCCCGUACCCAAAAAGAGGAAAAACCGAAUCGGUGGUGCAGCCGCGUCAGAUCGUUCUUUGACCGUUUCCAGUCACAACAAGGUCAAGUCUGAAGCCAUCAAGAAAGAAGGACCUAAGUGGGACCCGUCCAGGCUGAUUGAAGGCAGCACGUUCGUUCUGGGCUCCAGAGCCAACAAGGCACUCGGGAUGGGCGGGACCAGAGGACGGAUUUAUAUCAAACACGCUGACCUGUUUAAGUAUGCAGCGGACACAAAGGACAAGCAGUGGCUGGCCGAGCGUCACCAUAUGAGGGCGACAGGAGGGAAGAUGGCCUACCUGCUGAUUGAGGAGGACAUCCAGGAUCUGUCUCGCAGUGACGAGUACAAGGACUGUCCAGACGUCAAGAUGGACGAGAUGAAGCCCUUCACCGUGCCUCCGUGGAUGGUGGAGAAGAUGCAGAGAGCUAUGGAAGCUGACAGAGACUGACCUCUGCAACCGCCCCCCCCCCCUCCAUAACUGAUCAUGUGACCAGCAGCAGGCUGUGAUUGUAAUUUUAAUGUCGGUUUUAAAAGAAACAAAACGUU